AUUUUAUGAAGAAAAUCACUGGGUUAGCAUGUACUUGUAUUUUUUGUGGUGUUUCAACGUGACUAUGUGUUGUGCUUUCAUAUGAUGAAAUUGUACCUUGUUCCGUGACUAGUGAUAUGACGCCAUUUUCUUCGUGAAUGCCAAUUACUAAAUUCUUCACUACUCUCUUUGUUUCUGUUGAUAUUCGGAGUCCUAGUGGUUGAACGUAUUGUAUUCAAGACACAAAUGCAUGUUCUCAGGUAGUGUAACCAUUCAUUGUGAUGCCGGUGGAUGCUGACCUCAACUGCACAGACGUGGUGUCGCCUGCUUGUGAGCUGAAGGGCCUGCGCACUUGGAAAGACAUUUGUCUGGUACGGAAUUCACUUUUCCAACAUCAGGGCCCUCAACGAUCCUGACAAAGAAGGAACAGUUGGAUCACGGAGGCAAGGAAAGCCACCAACCGCGGAGACUGCAAGCCAGAGAUAAAUCUAAAUUAAAACGUUUCAAGUGCAAGCACAUUGUACAGUGAGAUCAUUGUGGACAUAGUGUUACGACAAUCAAGUGCAAUAUACAAUUAGUGCAAUCGUACUUUGACUACGAGUGAAGUGUAUAAUUGUUAGACUGAAGUGAAAUUAUUGUGGAACAAUGGAGCGUGAAUCAAAUCCUAUGGAGGCGUUGUGCCGUUCUGGGUGUGGGUUCUACGGCAACCCGUCAACAGAUGGUCUCUGCUCAGUAUGCUUCAAGGAGGCACUAAAGAAGAAACAGCAACCCCCAGCGACGACGCCGUCGCCCGUAUCGGCGCCCUUCGUGCCGGCAGCGCCCACGCCGCUCGCCGCCGCCGCGCCCACCGUGCCCACUCUCCCCGCCCAGCCGCAGGCGCAUACAGACAAAUUGGAAGAGGAGAGUGGAGCGGGCACCAGCGGCACGAGCACAGGCACCUCCGACACAGACGCCGACGACAAAGACCCCAGCAAGGACAAAAAGAAAAAGAAUAGGUGUGCCGUCUGCCGCAAGAAGGUUGGACUCACAGGGUUCGAGUGCCGCUGCGGAGGGCUGUUCUGCGCCGUGCACCGGUACAGCGACAAGCACGAGUGCUCGUUCGACUACCGGGAGCUGGGCGCGCAGGAGAUCCGCCGCAACAACCCCGUCGUCGUGUCGCAGAAGAUACACAAGAUAUGAGCCGCUUGAGCCGCCCGCCCGGCCCUCACCGCACCGCGCAUACAUACCUUUAUGAUUUACUCUAAAUAAACAUUCGAUCGAGUUUGUGUCUCUCAUUUACGAUACGAUUUGACUGAUGGNACUGAUGACAUCGGUGGCGUGUCAUCGGCCUCGCUAGCCACCUCGACAGACUUUCGGGCUCCGGUCGCAGCUUUUCCGAAUAAAUUGCGUUAUAAACUUUUACUGAUUUCAAAACGACCCAAUCAGAAAUGCAAACUCGAUCUGUUACUAUAUUUAGAUUUAUUUGUGGCGAGAGUUUACUUUUAAAUUUUUAUUAAAAGUUGUAGAUAAUGUUCGUUUCGGGUAGGAAUUUCAGGAUUAAUUUUCGAGGUUAUAAGUAGAGUUUGAAUAUGUCCAUUCACCUCCAUUGUAAAUAUUAGAUAUAAUUAAUUAUAGAAACAAAUCCUAUAUAUUGUAAAAAAAUUAAACUCCAAAAAAAGCUACAUUGUUACGAUUCCAAGGAGAGCAUAGCGUGCUUCACAUAAUCGA